AAUGGUUUUUUGGAAUGAUUGAAACCGAAGAACCUAAUGCCAAAAAAGCCAGAGUUAUGAAUCUGGAUGAUAUUCUGAAAGGUGUUUUUGAAACAACUGCAGAUGAUGACGACGGAACAGAGUGCCUGGAUAAGCUGAACUCGCUGACGGAAGAUUUCCAGAAAUUCGGAAUAUCAACUCAGCCCGAAGAAGAAAAGAAGAGACAAAGCAUUGCUAUUAAACCAUUAGAACUGCGAAAGUAUCAGGAAGAACUAUCUGCAGCUGUCUGUUCAGACUCAAGACCUAAUACUCUGGCAACAUGCGAAACAAACUCCGGGAAGACUUUGGUAGCAGUGCAUGCUAUCGAAACAUGGCGCCAGAAAAACCCGAAACCAUUGGGAAAAUUUGCGUUCAUAACACACACAGUUGCAUUAUGUGAACAACAAUAUGAAAUAGUUUGCAGUUAUAUAUCGAGUGAUUUUGUUGCAAUUUGCCAUGGGGAAACUACCACUAGUCAAAACGUCUUUCUGCAUCCUGACUAUGAAAAGGCAUCCAAGUUGAAAAAAGAAGUUUUUGUGUUCACUGCGCAGACUUUUGUCAAUCUACGGCUGAAAGCUAAAUUUGAACUCACUGAUUUCACUUUGAUAGUAUUUGACGAAUGUCAUCAUACUGAUUUGAAACAUCCAUUCAAUGAAAUUAUGCUGAACUACUUGGCUUUGAAGUUUGACGAAAGAACUGAAAAGAGCAGUUUGCCUCAGAUUCUUGGCCUGACCGCGUCACCAACCGUGUUUGAAAAUACCAUCUUGGAUGAAGAAGAUGCAAGAAAAAAUUUGGUUUUGUUGCUGCAAAAUAUGGACAUCACUGAACUGUCUUCUGUAGUCGAACAAAUGGAAGACUUGAGGAGUUAUUGUGAAGUUCCAGAAGACAACAUUCAGCUGAUUGAAAUUGGAGGUAAAUCUGAAUUCGAAAAGAACGUCGAAAAGUUAAUGACAACUCAGCUCGAGCUUUUACGUCGUGCACACCAGAACUUCAAAAAAGAAAUCUUGGCAAGUAAACCGUCGUUUUUGCUCGAUUUAACAGCGUGCCCUCAACCUUUAGAGAGCCAAAAAUUUGAACAGUGGAUUCGAGAAAUAUCAAAACUUAACUCGAAUCACCCAAAAUUUCAAGUUUGUCUGACUUUUGUAUCUCGACUUCUAAUUCAGCUGAAUAUAAUUUUAGGGCUCUGUCAAACUAUCGACUAUUCUAUCUUGUAUGAAAAAAUCAAAAGUGUGUAUGAAGGUCUUUUGUCUCCUAACGACAGCGAUUCCGUGAACCCAGAAUUACAAGAACUGUACGAUACCUUCGACAAGGUAUUUAGUAUUCUUGAUAAAGAACUAGAAAAGUCUGCCCGAAUGUCGAGAGAAAAUAACGAUCAUAAAAUGAUGAAUGUUCUGAAAGAUACAAUUCUGAAAGAGCUUCUAAAUGACAAUGAAAGUGGUGACAAAGUUCUAAAUAGAGGCAUCGUUUUUGUUCAGAAGAAAACCGAAGCGGAAAUCCUGAAAAAUUGGGCUGCUAGUGAUGACGAUUUCAAAAAUAUCUUGAAGCCUGAAUUCAUCACAGCCGAUACAAAGAACCAAAGGGAGCUUUUGGAAAACUUUCGGAAAGGCAGUUGUCGGCUUUUGUUUGCGACUAGUGUAAUUGAAGAAGGUAUUGAUAUACCAGAUUGUAAGCUAGUUGUUAAUUACAACAAUCGAAUAAAUCAUAUUCAGCAGUUACAGCAACGAGGUCGAGCUAGGAUGAAUCACGGAAAGUAUUACGUAAUCUCGUGUUCGAUGGUAUUUCACGAACUAGCUACUGCCAAUCAAAAGCGUCAAAAGUUGACUGAAAUCGCGGUCGCAAAGAUAACCGCAGAAAUGAAAAAUCAAACCAAGAAAGCUACCAUGCUACAGGAAAUGUCAGCUCACCAGAAAGUGGCGGUUGAGAAAUUUAAACUUAGUAAAAUGGAAGCAAAAAGCAAAGAAUUUGAUGGUCAUUUGUUUCAGUUUCAUUGUAAAGAGUGUACAAAAGAGGUGUUCAAAUCUAGCGAAGUUCAUUUGUUUAAAGGGACAUUUAGAAUUGUGUUAACUCCUGAUUACGCCAAAAAGUUCAGAGAACAGAAGUAUACAGUUGCCCCAAAAACGCAGAAGUACUUCGAAUCACAAAACAUACAAAGCAACAAAUUACUGUAUUGUUUCAAUUGUAAAAACAAACUCGGACAGCUUUUCAAGUAUGGCUUUUGUGGACUGAUUAACCCCUCUAUUAACCAAUACCUUCUAGAACAUUCGUCGAAUUGUGAGAAGUGUUUGACUGAUUUCAAGAGGUUUGAAUCUCGUCCGUUUAAAAAGUGGGAUUUGGUGCCAUUCAAUCAGUACGAUAUGAAAGCAGGAGACGUGAGGAAAAAUUAUGUGGCGCUUCAAGAGUUGGGACAAGAAACAAACGUGUUUCAGAAUUUAAUCGAUAAUGCUGGACCAUUAUGAAGAGAUCUUGCUAUGGAUCCAGAAAGGAACUGACGCCUCAUGAAAGUACCGUUUAGUUGCUUAUUUAAUUAGGUUUUUCUUUUUGCUUUAAUUAAAGUGCCGUUUAAUUGAUUUUUUAAAUAGGUGUUUUUAGUUGAAUUGAUUGCCAUGAGUUUUGACAAAUGUUUCAUUUUCUGAUUAUGCUGAUCAAGGAUUGUAUCUAAGCUUUCUGUUGUGUUAGCCCUCUUAAAUUCCCCUAAUGAUUUUUUUUCCAGAAAAUUUGAAUCAAAUGUGUUUCUUUUUAAUUGAGUAAAUUAAUAAUCUAGUUCUGUUAAAGUUCUAUCUGCUAUAGUGUUUGAAACACGAUGUAAGUUACGUUAAUUUCGUCAAUUAUUGUUCCGACCGACCGGAAAAAAAUAUUUUAUUUGCCAUAAAUUGAGCAUAAGUUGUGGUUCUGAAACUUAACGUUUGUUGAGGGUUAUGAAAUACUUACUUUCGAGUCGCGUUUCUUCAUAACACUGCCCAAUCUCCGUUAACCGGACCUUUGUCUGAGUUUUUUCAUUUUUUAAAUCGCUGGAUCACGCUAAAUUAGUCUAUACUACAACAGGCAGCAUGAUUCUUAACUCUUAUAUCAUAUUCGAUUGUAAGCAUACUGGAGGAGAAAAGUAUCGUAGCUAGAUAAAGUAAAACAAUUGAAGCGAAACAAAUAAUCGAUCAAUUGCAUUUAAAAGUUCUGUUACGCAACGUUGUUUCCGUUUUUUUGACACCUCAAUAAAGAAAUUGAUCUAUUGUGAACACAUUGCUAGAGUUUCAUUUUAAAAAUUCAAACAAAAAGUUCUUGAAGCAAAUAAAGCAUUCUUUUAAUGAUGAGAUUGUAAGUACAUUAAAAAGAAUCUUAAUUUUUGAGCGUCAUGAUUGCAGUGA